AUGCAAAAGCCGAUCCUAGAUUUGCGCUGCACUCCGUGCUGUGACGACCAUGCGCCGAUGUGCAAUGAAUGUGACGAGGCAGCUCACUGUCCAGACGCCGCAGAAUCUAUCAUUUGCUAUGAUCCACACUGUGCCGAGCCGCCAUGUGAGCAAGAUCAUAUGAGCCAGGCCCUUUCGUUUGGCAUCCUUCCAUGCUGCCCAGUUCCAUCCGUAUCGGGGAGAUGCUGCACGACUCCAACUGACACUAGUUUUCAUGACCCAGCCGCGGCUGCCAUGACCGCACCAUGCUCGCUACCUUCGACCUGUACAUACGACAUGUGUGCCAGAGGCUUGGAUCUUAUUUGCCACGAAGCGGACAUCCAUCAUACUCAACCAUGUGAACAAGAUGCCAACUCAGGCAAUUGUGUGAGUGUGUGUGAUGGAUACGUCAGGCCAUGGCAUGCAUGUUCGACCUUUGGACUGAAUAACGACAUGGAGUUUGCUUACCCACAAGGCGCCUUUGACCCUUGCUGCGCGCCGUGUACGGACCCUGUAUCGUGUCACGCUCCAUGUUUUGAUGUCCCACCCUCCUUCGUGUCCAUGACCCCACGCCGCUCGGCGCCAUCAAUAUGGCGUUCUUCGGAGGAGCCUAGUGUGAGUGGCACCUCGUGCUCUACGCCUACAUCGCAUCCGUACCCCAACACACCAGACCAGACAGACCAGGCGCUGGAUAUGCUUUCGUGCCGGUGGAAUGGAUGUGGCUUUCAAGUGCCAUCCAUGCAAGAACUCUCUCUUCAUAUGCACAAGACGCAUGUGCCGGACAUGGAUGUCCAAUCCAUCCAAAAUUAUUUCAAUGCACCUAUACCUCUUGACACGCAGAUGUCGAUGCCCGAUGCAUGGGCCCUCAAGGCGCCGAAGCCCCUAGCUCCGUCGCCGACAGAUACCGGUACGGGGGUCGCGCUGGAGUCGCAAGGUCUGCUCGACAAUGUUGUGACGGCCUGUUUGUGUCCCCUUGAUGAACAAGGCAAAAAGCAGCAUGCCUGUGGUUGGAUUCAUUGUACAGAGAGCUUUGAUACGCAUGCCGAGCUGACUGCGCAUAUUGCCGAAGUGCAUGUCGGUUCUGGUAAGACUGAAUACGAAUGUGGCUGGGUCGGCUGCGAGCGUGCCAAGCAUGGCCGCAAGUUUCAGCAGAAGCAAAAGGUACUGCGUCACAUUCAGACACACACGGGCGACCGCCCGUAUGUAUGUUCCGUGUGUCACAAGCGUUUCAGCGAGACAAGUACCUUGACGCAGCACAUGCGUACGCAUACCAAUGAGCGCCCCUACAAAUGUGAUUUUCCAGGAUGCAACAAGUCUUUCAGCGUGAUCGGCAGCCUCACUAUUCAUAAGCGCACACACACAGGUGAUCGACCGUUCAAGUGCCCGUACCCUAACUGCCACCGGCAAUUUUCGGAGAGCAGCAACCUCAACAAACAUCUGCGCGUGCACAGUGGAGACAAGCCCUUCGAAUGCCCUGAAUGCAAGCGCCGCUUCUCACGACCUGAUCAGCGGGCUCGACACCGCAAAAUCCACGCGAAACAGGUGGCAUCGACCCAUGCUGCAUCCACCUCGUCCUCCCUGGCGCCCUCGGUCAGCAUGCCACGUGCGCCCGAGGCAGGACCGAUCAUCGAGUCGGUCGCUGUCGUAGGCCUGUAG